AUGGACAUGCUCCAGCUUAUCUCCUGCAUCCACAUAACAAUAGCCCUGCUCUUGUUCACUCAAGCAAAGAGCUCCACUGAGGCAUCCAAGGAAACAACCACCGGUUGCAUUGCCGAUGAGAGGAUCGCCCUUCUCGCCUUGAGAGCAGGUCUUUCCGAUCCUUCAAACCUCUUAUCGUCAUGGAACGGCGGGGACUGCUGCCGAUGGAAGGGCGUGCGAUGCAGCAAUAGCACCGGGCAUGUCGUCGAGCUUGAUCUCCAUAGCCCCGAUUGCAGAAACAACUUUGGUAGUAAAUUGGUGCUAGGAGGAAUCAUAAGCUCCUCGCUGGUUGAUCUGCAUCACCUGCAGCAUCUCAACCUCAGCUGCAACGAUUUUGGAGGGGCACAAAUACCGGAGUUCUUUGGUUCUCUCCACAACUUGGAACAUCUCGACCUAUCCCUGUCCUACUUCAGCGGGAUGAUACCGCCGCACCUCGGUAACCUCUCCAACCUGCGUUACUUCAUUCUUGAUUCCGUUGACAGCAGCAACUACAUAUACUCCACCGAUAUCACCUGGUUGUCAAGGUUAUCUUCCCUCGAGCAUCUAGACAUGAGCUCCGUGAAUCUCGGUUCCAUUCAAAACUGGGUUACCGUGGUGAACAUGCUUCCCUCCCUAAAAUCCCUUCGUCUCUUUAGGUGCCAGCUUAGCAGCAGCCCCGAUUCUAUCCUGCAUUUGAAUCUUUCAUCUAUUGAAACGCUCGACAUUUCUGGCAACCAAUUCCGUAAGCCUAUCACACCCAACUGGUUCUGGGAAUUGACUAGCCUCAAGCAUCUUGCUAUCUCGGACAAUGAGUUUAGCGGACCAUUCCCUGAUGAAAUAGGGAACAUGACAUCUAUGGUCAAGAUUGAUUUGUCUUUCAAUAACCUCGUGGGCAUGAUACCAUCAAAUAUGCAGAAUUUGUGUAACUUGGAAGAAUUGCUUCUGGCUUAUAACAACAUCGACGGAAGCAUAGCAGAACUAUUUCAACGUUUACCUAGGUGCUCAUGGAAUAAAUUGCGAUCCUUGCGUCUACCUUGCUGCAAUUUGACAGGAAGCCUGCCAACCAUGCUAGAGCCCCUGAGAAAUUUGGCUACCCUUGACCUAUCAAUAAACAAUCUCAUCGGUGUUGUGCCACUUUGGAUAGGAGAUCUCGCGAAGCUAACUUACUUAAAUCUUGGUAUCAACAGUUUACAUGGUGUUAUACAUGAUGGUCAUUUGUCGGGCUUAUUAAGCUUGGAGAUACUGUCGUUGUGUUAUAGAAAUUCUAUAGCCAUCAUAGUGAAUUCUACUUGGGUCCCUCCUUUCAGUCUAACAGAGGCUAUUCUUGGGUCAUGCAUUCUCGGGCCUAACUUCCCAAUGUGGCUCAGAAACCAAAACAGUCUAACAUAUCUUGACAUAUCAAACACUAGCAUAUCCGACAUCGUACCGGAUUGGUUUUGGAUAACUUCUUCUUCAGUGAAUAGUCUUCAUAUCUCCAAUAACCGAAUGAGCGGUUUUCUACCUUCUACAAUGGAGUUCAUGAGAGCAACUGAAAUGGAUCUCAGUUCAAACCAUUUCACUGGUCCUCUACCUAAGCUUCCCACCGAUCUCCUUUAUUUGGAUAUCAGUGAAAACAAUUUAUCUGGGCCAUUGCCGGUAGACUUCGGAGCAUUGGGUCUUUAUUCACUUGCUCUGUUUGGCAACUCCAUCUCCGGUCUUAUUCCAUCAUCUCUCUGCAAAUUGAGAAAUCUACAUUUUGUAGAUAUAUCAAGAAAUAACCUAUCUGGGUCAGUUCCUGAUUGCUUACUUGACACUUCGGUAGCAAACGUAAGACCCCUGAGUGUUCUGAAUUUAAGAGAUAACAGCCUCUCCGGUGAAUUUCCUUCCUUUCUCAAAAACUGCCAACAGCUUGUCUUUCUUGACCUCACAAAUAAUCAAUUCUUUGGUGGUUUGCCACCAUGGGUUGGGGAUAAGCUAACUUCUUUGGGAUUCUUACGGGUGAGAAACAAUACGUUUUCUGGUCAUAUUCCGGUGGAACUCACAAAGCUAGUAAAUCUUCAAUAUUUGGACCUUUCCUACAACACCCUAUCAGGAAGCAUACCGAAAUCCAUUGUUAACUUCACAGGGAUGAUGCUUGUUAGAAAUGACGAGACUGAAAGGCAAUACUUUGACCGUGGCGAUCACUACACGGUAAUCACAAAGGGCCAAGAGCUAUUUUAUGCACAAGAAAUUAUACAUAUGGUGAACUUGGAUUUGGCAUGUAAUAAUCUUAUGGGAGAUAUUCCUGAAGAGAUUGGCAGUCUCGUCGCACUGAAGAAUCUGAAUUUAUCACGGAAUACCUUGGGCGGAAAAAUUCCAGAGAAUAUUGGCGCCUUAAUCCAAGUUGAGUCACUGGACCUAUCACACAAUGGAUUGUCUGGUGAAAUCCCUUUAAGCUUAUCGGAUCUCACAUCAUUGAGCCGCCUGAACCUAUCCUACAACAAUUUGACAGGACGGAUACCAUCCGGAAAUCAGUUGCAAACACUCGAAGACCCAGAAUAUAUCUAUGUUGGCAACCCAGGCCUUUGUGGUCCUCCUCUCGCGAGGAAAUGUUGGCAACCCGAGCCAAUUCCAGCUACUCGCGAACAUUAUGAUGAUAUAAGCGACGCGGUUUCAUUUUUCCAGGCCAUGGGUUCUGGAUGUAUAAUGGGUAUCUGGGUAGUCUUCUGUACCUUGUUGUUCAAGAGGAAGUGGAGAGUUUCUUGGUUCUCACUUUGUGACAGAUUGUAUGACAGGGCUUAUGUGCAAGUGGCACUUACCUGGGCUUCCUGGACACGAGCAAAUGGGUAGAAGCUGAGAUCAACCUCUACCAUGUAAACUGUCGGAAUUUUGCCAUGUACUGAUGUGUCAAAAUAUUGUAGCAAGUACUAUUCACAGAUAUGUAUUUCAGGACUAUGCCAUCAACUGACGUUGGCAUGAUUUGGGGCAUGUGUAAUUUCAGGCGAACUGAAUAACGUCAAGGACAGCAAUGAC